GUGAAGCAGAAAAAUUGAGGGGAGGAACAGAACAAUCAAAGCAGGAUCUGCCGGCGGCGACUCCCUGUUUUCGUCCCUAGGAUUGAAAGAAAUUAGAGGGAAGGGACCAAUCCGGAAAUGGGUUCAGUUGCGAAGAAGGGAUUGCAGCAAUACUUGUUACAGCUUCAGCGCCACCCCUUGAGAACUAAGGCAAUUACAGCAGGGGUAUUGUCAGCUAUUAGUGACUUGGUUGCCCAGAAGCUCUCUGGCAUACAGAGGAUUCAACUGAGACGCCUUCUUCUGAAAGUGCUUUUUGGAUUUGCUUAUCUUGGACCUUUCGGACACUUCUUGCAUAUAUUACUCGAUAAAAUCUUUAAGGGAAGAAAAGAUUCAAAAACUGUUGCUAAGAAGGUGGUGCUGGAACAAUUGACAUCUUCUCCUUGGAACAACCUGCUUUUCAUGAUUUUCUAUGGGGUCAUUGUUGAGGGAAGACCGUGGAUGCAGGUGAAAACUAAAAUCAAGCAGGAGUAUCCCACGGUUCAAUAUACAGCCUGGACAUUCUGGCCCGUUGUGGGUUGGAUAAACCACCAAUAUGUGCCAUUGCAAUUCCGUGUCAUUUUCCACAGUGUCGUGGCAUGCUGCUGGGGAAUAUUUCUGAAUCUACGUGCAAGAACUAUGGUGUUGACCAAGGCCAAAUAGAGAAAAAGAAAGCACUGAUCCAGAAUCAGAAUUUAAGGACAUUCUAGUGUUAAAAAUAACGUUGGAUCUCAUUUUUAUGCCUGUCUCAUUGGGAUAAUAUUGAGUAUCAUAUGUAUGCCUAAGCAUUAAGUUUAACAAUUAAGCUGUUGUAAACAUACACGGUAGUUUUUGAUGCUGCAACUGAACUGUAUGAAGCUGGUAUGCGACAUUAUGUGCUUGUAUUCCUUUUUCUACGCGGUAUGUUGGGUGAGGUUUGUUGUACCUACCUGGUUAGUUGUCA